AUGACAUCACCGGACGCCCCCGAAUCCCAGCCUGCAGCCAUCAACUAUGUCGCCGGCUUCCUCCUUGUCGGCCUGGCGUGGGGCUUCACGACCCCGUUUAUCCGCCGCGCCGCAAAGGACCACAAUCCGCCCCCGCACCCGGUCCUCGACACCGACGCCGUCAAGAACAGCUGGCUCCGGAGCCGGGUGUACGGCGCCUUCUUCGGCGUCAUCGACCUGUUGCGGAACCCGCGGUAUGCCGUGCCGCUGUUGAUUAACUUGACCGGAAGUGUUUGGUUCUUCCUACUCAUUGGGCAAGCUGAAUUGAGUUUGACGGUCCCCAUCGUCAACACCUUGGCGUUCCUCUUCACUGUCAUUGGAGACUGGUGGGUUGAGAAGAAGGUCAUUAGUCGAGAAACCUUGGUCGGCAUGGUGUUGUCUCUUUCAGGCAUAGCGUUAUGCGUGCACAGCAAAACGAAGUAUUGA